AUGCCCUUCUUUGUAGCCGGUAAGACGGCCAUAGUUACUGGUGCGGGAUCAGGAAUCAACUUGUGCUUCGUAAAGCUUUUAUUAUUGAAGCAGUGUAACGUCGUCUUGGCAGAUCUCGCACUGCGCCCGGAAGCCCAGGAAGUCGUCUCCCGGUACAGCCAGACCAAUUCCUCCUCAGCAUCGCCAACCGCCCGUGCCAUAUUUGUCAAGACAGACGUGAUAUCAUGGCCCGCCCUAGAGGCAAUGUUCGAUGUGGCUUACCGUGAAUUCGGCGACGUCGACAUUGUCUGUCCUGGCGCUGGCGUCUACGAGCCUCACUGGUCCAACUUUUGGUGUCCCCCCGGUUCAAAGCAAAGCCGUGACGCCGCAGAUUCUGGACGUUAUGCCCUGCUCGAUAUCAACCUCACCCAUCCCCUUCGGACUACACAACUAGCGAUAUCGAACUGGCUGCACCCUCGUGAGCUGCCUCAGUCUUCACCCUUCCCGCGUCCCGCCAAGGUCUCCCCCUCGAACCCAAAACGCGUUAUCCAUAUUGCCUCUGUAGCAUCGUACCUCCCUGUUUUCAGGGCACCGCUGUACGGGGCUUCCAAGUUCGCCAUUGCGGGAUUCGUGCGUUCCAUCGCGCCGCUGGAAGAGCGCUACGGCAUCCGCGUCAACGCCGUGGCGCCGGGGGUUGUCCGCACGCCCCUGUGGUGGGACCACCCGGAGAAGCUGGCCAACGUGGACGAGACACGAGACGCCUGGGUCACACCCGAUGAGGUAGCUGAGGCGAUGCUAAGCUGCGUGGAAGACGAGAAUAAGCGGGCGGGACUGCUGCUCGAGGUGGGAAGUGGACGUACAAGGGAAGUCGGUACGUUCAACGAUCCAGGGCCUGAUUCGGCGCCAGAGGCUGGGAUCGUGACGAGCAACUCAGCCGUGGGCGACAACGAGGUUCAUGAUUUCCUAGAGAGUAGUGAUGUUUGGAGUAGACCUAGUAAACUAUAG